AUGGCAGAGAAUUCUAAUAAUCCAUACGACAUUAAUGGACAGCAUUUUAAUCCUGAUAUGUACUUCCAGAAAUUAUUAAAAGAAUGUACAUUGAAACAAAUCAUGGAUCAUGAAGCAGAAAUUAUAAAAAAUACUCAAACAUUGCAUUCAGACAUGCAAACAUUGGUAUAUGAAAAUUAUAAUAAAUUUAUAUCUGCCACAGAUACUAUUAGAAAGAUGAAAACUGAUUUUAAAGAAAUGGAAGAUAGUAUGGACUUACUGGCAAAAAAUAUGAAUAGCAUUACAUCCUUUUCAGAACAAAUUUCAUCCACACUGCAAGGCACCAGACAUCAAAUUGCCAAAUUGUCUUCAGUUCAUGCCCUCUUGAAGAAGUUACAAUUCCUCUUCAAGUUGCCUGGCAAUCUGAAAGAUAGAAUGAACGAAGAAAAUUAUGCACAGGCAGUACAAGAUUAUAUUCAUGCACAGCGUGUAUUAAAUCAAUAUGGCAAUAUGCCUUCCUUCCAAGGAAUACAAAAGGACUGUGAAGAUAUUUUAGAGGAACUCAAAUCAAGACUCAGAAAUCAAUUUCACAAAAGGGAUGCAUCAACUAAAUCUUUAGCUGAAAAUGUUGACCUUUUGCUACAACUAAAAGAACCAGCAGACUCUUUGUGUGCUGAAUUUUUAAGACAUGCGGAUGAGAGGCUGACAGAACAAUUAAGUAUUCUAAAAGACUUGUGUGAAAAUGAUAUUAUAGAAUUUGUUGAUAUGGCCAGUUCUGGAUUUCUUAGUGACCUAUGCCUAAUUGUUGCGUCUUACAAUGAUCUCUUUGUGAAUAGACUGCCAUCAGAAGAGAAUGAGUUUUCUGAUGACUUUGAUACAAAAGCCAUUACGCGUUUGAAUAAUUUUAUUAUGAAAAACAUGAAAAAAUACUUUGACCUAAUUGGUAAAAGAGUCGAAAAUGUAGCUGAUACAGUAGUUCUAGUUAGAGCCCUAGACAAAUUUCACAGAAGACUACAAGCUAUGAAUAUGUUAUGCAAAGAAACAGACUUUGGAAGGUAUUAAAUGUAGUUGCUUAAUAAUCACUUGGACAAUUUAAAACAACAUUUGAGUGAAGCACUUGGUAAAGUAAGACAAAUAUUGGCAACUAAAAUGUCUCAGGAUGGCGAUAGUAGCUUAGCAGAACUUCAAGCCUUACUUAUUAUGCCCACCAUAGAAAAAGUUAAAGGAGUCCUACAAGAUUUAUUGGUCUUCCUACAAUCGGAUUUGUCAUUCAGUUCAAGAACACAGUUUUUCCAAUACUUCUGUGUAGAUGAAGUUAGAGAAGGACUAGUGGUAGGGUUUCUACAUCAUUUAACGGCGACAGCUAGUGGGUUCUAUACUAGAUCCGAUGAUCCAAAGUUUCCGCCUACUCUGUUGCUUCUAUUGAGUAAAAUGUGUAUCGAAUAUAAAGAGAACAACGUAAAAUAUUUGCUCUCGACAACCGACGACCUAUUCAAUAUCGAUUACUAUGCAUCGUCUGGGAACAUUGUUACAACUGACUCUGAGAUAUGUGAGAGGUUCCAAGAAGUGGCUCAGAAUUUAUUAAAUCAUUACGUCCGUAUUCAGGGCUUAGCAGUGUCACAACUGUUAAGAAAAUCGGUAGAGACGAGAGAUUGGUUGCACACAAUCGAGCCAAGAACCGUAAGAGCCGUAAUGAAAAGAGUAGUGGAAGACGUGACGGUGAUCGAUUCUCAAGUUGCCGCUUUGUUUGACGAUUCGGAAGGUCAAAUCGACAGAAGCAGCGACAGCAGCAGAAAAACCCAUAGCGUGAGCGUGUCGAGACAUCAUUACAGAUCCAGUUGGUCGUCGUAUACGCCCAGUCACAUGGACUCCUCAUUGGUGACCAAUAUUCAUAAAUUGUUCUCUGAGCGAAUUGAAAUUUUCUCAUCGGUUCAAUUCAACAAGGCCUCUAUACUCACUGGGAUUAUCAAAAUAAGUUUAAAGACAUUCCUGGAAUGCGUCAGAUUACGAACAUUCAGCAAAUACGGGCUGCAGCAGAUUCAGGUCGAUACCCAUUAUUUGCAGCUGUACUUAUGGAGAUUCGUUUCGGACGAAAACGUCGUGCACUUCUUGCUGGAUGAAAUACUCGGAAGUGCAGUACACAGAUGUUUGGAACCGGUCUUAAUGGAGCCAAGUGUCGUUGAUAUUAUUUGCGAGAGAGGAUAAACGACGAUGUUAAGGACUAAUCGUGAGAGACCGUUGUUAUGUGACAACACUGUACAGCCUUUGUGUCGUAUUAAAUAGUAUUCUAUAUUAUUAGUUAUAUAUGUAAAUGUUAUU